AUGCCCGACUUAGCUCCAGAGGUCGAGCUUUUCAGGGAUUUCUUGCGCAUUCGCAGCGUCAGUGGCGAGGGCCCAGCAGGCUCCUACGCCCAGGCUGUGGCAUGGUUGGAGGCGUUCUGCCAGCGGCUGGGGCUCCCGACCAAGCAGGUGGAGCCAGUGAAGGGCAAACCAGUGCUGCUGGCGACCUGGGCUGGGAACAGCGACCUGCCGUCCCUGUUGCUGAAUUCGCACUAUGAUGUGGUGCCGGCCAUGGAUGAGUUCUGGAAUGUGAAUCCAUGGACUGCAGAUGUGGUUGACGGGAAAAUUUACGGCCGUGGAACGCAAGACAUGAAGUGUGUGUGCGUGCAAUACCUGCUCGCCAUCGAGCGGCUAAAAGCCAAAGGCUUCGUGCCGCGGCGCACCGUGCAUUUGAGCUUCGUGCCCGAUGAGGAAGUCGGUGGCGUUGACGGCAUGGGCAAAUUGUUGCAGACGCCCGAGUUCACUUCUCUGGGAGUCCUCGGCUUAGCUUUGGACGAGGGCUUGGCCAACCCCGGGGAUGCGUUCACAGUUUUCUAUGGCGAGCGCACGCCGUGGUGGAUUUUGGUGCGGGCAGCUGGACCCACAGGCCACGGAUCACGGUUCAUCAAGGAUACAGCGCCUCAAAAGCUGAUGCGCAUGGCAGAGCGCGCUUUAGCUUUCCGCCGAGCGCAGGAGGAUGCUUUAGGCCACGACCAGAAUGGAUGCAAACAUGGUACAGCUAAGAAGCUGGGUGAUGUCACUACGCUCAACCUGACUAUGUUGCGCACCGGCGUGUCCAAUGACAAUGGCAAAACAUUUUGCCUGAACGUUAUCCCGACAGAGGCAGAGGCAGGAUUUGAUGUACGCAUCACACCUCACCUGGCCCCAAAGGACUUCCAGACUUUGCUGGACAAGUGGUGCGAGGAGGAAGGCGUGACUUGGCAGUUUGCACCUUGGACGCGGCCGCUGAAGGAGCACCAUUUGACGGAGACCAACAGUUCCAACCCCUGGUGGGUGGCUUUUCAGGAGGUGGUGACCGGGAUGGGGCACAAGGUCGAGCCAGAGGUGUUCCCCGCCGCCACGGACUCGCGGUUCCUGCGGGAGCUGGGCAUCCCGGCGCUGGGCUUCUCCCCGAUGAAGAACUGCCCCAUCCUGCUGCACGAGCACAACGAGUACAUCCCCAUCGACACGUACCUGUCGGGCAUCGAGGUCUAUGUGGGGCUCAUCGAAUCCCUGGCAUCCAAAGACAAACUGGAGGGAGAGGAUGAUCAGCUCAAGAGAAGAAGGGUGCGAUGA